AUGGUCAAGAAGGAAAUUUCUCGCAAAAGAAGACGUGUUGAAAGCGAGCUGCGAAUUCCUGAUGAGUCCAGACACUUCCGGACAGAUCUGAUAUGUCGUGCACAACGCACAGUAUUAUCUAGGAUUACGUCUACACUGACCCCGGAGCAGUUACGACUAUUUGAGAGGACAUGUUUCGGGUAUCUUCUUCGUUUACCCGAGACCAAAUUCUCUGGUAUAUUAGUUCAUUCAUUUAUACUACGGCAGCUACAUCGAUUCUCUGCCAGAGAUGAGUUUUGGUUUCGGAUUAGCGGGGUUGAUAUUCGUUUUAGCCCGUUUGAGUUUGCUUUGGUGACGGGUCUUUCGUUUAGUCGACGCACUGAUAUUUCUUCAUAUAUUCCUCACUCCUCCAGUCAUAGGAUCAGAGAUACGUACUUUCGAGGUUGUCUGAAGGUGCAGUAUCAUGACCUAGAGCGUGUUUUCUUGUCAAGGCCGUGGGGGGAUGACGAUAUUGAUGCAGUCAAGAUGGCCUUAUUGUAUGUUCUUCACAUGGUUUUGUUAGGGAAUGAUCGGCGAAAGAAGGUGUCUUUAGAGUAUUUACAGUUGAUCGAUCAUCUGGAUGGGUUUAAUUCCUAUCCCUGGGGGGUUGCCGUGUGGCAGAUGACAUACGAGUCUAUGUCACAAGCGAGUGACAGAGUAUAUUCUAGACGGAUGCCUGAGAUGCGUAGAUACGAGCUUUACGGAUUUCCUUUCACAUUUCAGUAUUGAAUAUAUGAGACUCUGGACACAUUACACGAUUGGAUUGACCUCGUUGAUCUCUAUGCGGCCCCACAUAUGUUUAGGUGGCGUACGCGAGAUGUCCCUAGUUGGACUCAUAUCGGUCGUAUUUUCA